AUGGACUUGGGACAAGUUACCACUACCCAGUGGGCCACGGUGGCUGUGGGUGCUCUCGCAAGCUGGCUGUUCUUAUCAUGGCUAUCCCAACCAAAGAGCAAACACUUUAAAGUACCUGUUCCUAAUGAGGCCGAUCCUUCUUGGAAGGGACCUGUGCUUGAGAAUCCUUCCAUUCGCGAUACUGGCUCGAAUGACAUUGUGUGUUAUGACCCGGCUACUGGUUAUCAUCUCGGCAAUAUCCCGUCACCAAGUGUUGAACAUGUCCGUGAAGCUUAUGCAAAGGCACAGAACGCACAAAAGAAGUGGGCCAAGACUACAUUUGAGGAACGUCGUGCAGUGUUGAAUAGUCUGUUGGACUUCGUGCUCGAGAAUCAAGAAGCGAUUUGUCGUGUUGGAUGCCGGGAUACUGGCAAAACAAUGGUGGAUGCCUCUCUUGGUGAAGUGAUUACCACUUGCGCCAAAUUACGUUGGACAAUCGAUAAUGGUGAAUCCGUACUUGCUCCCGACUACCGUGAUCCAGGCCUUAUGAUGAUGUACAAGCAUGCAAAGAUUGUUUAUCAGCCUAUGGGUGUUGUUGCUGCUUUGGUGAGCUGGAAUUAUCCCUUCCACAAUGCAUUGGGUCCUGUUAUUUCUGCUUUGAUGUCUGGCAAUGGUAUCAUUGUUAAGGCUUCUGAAUAUGUCGCUUGGUCUACGCAAUACUAUCACAAGAUCAUUCAAAAAUGUCUCGAGGCCCAUGGUCAUGAUCCUGAGCUUGUCCAAAUGCUUACUGGUUUUGCUGAUGUGGGUGAGGAAGUGGUACGAUGCGGCGUCAAUCAUGUCACUUUUAUUGGUUCUCCUGGUGUCGGUAAAUUGGUGCAACGCAAUGCCUGUGAUCAUCUCGUCCCUUGUCUUUUGGAAUUGGGUGGCAAGGAUGCCGCUAUCUUGUUAAAGGAUGCUGAUCUCAACCAAGCCAUUCCUGUUUUGAUGCGUGGCGUCUUUCAAAAUUGUGGUCAAAACUGCAUUGGUAUUGAGCGUAUCAUCGUGGCUGCCGAGAUCUAUGACAAGGUGGUUGAGGAAAUGGACCAACGUAUUGCCAAACUUCGUCAAGGAUCGGUAUUGGCAGAUGGCAAUGGAGUGGAUUGUGGUGCACAGACCAUGGGCAAUCAGUUUGUAAAAUUGGAAGGACUUGUUCAAGAAGCCGUUUCUCGUGGUGCACGUCUUUUGAAAGGUGGCAAACGUUAUCAUCAUCCUAAGCACCCCCAUGGCCAAUACUUUGAACCUACUCUCCUUGUGGAUGUGACACCCGACAUGGAUAUUGCCAACGAAGAAGCAUUUGCUCCUAUCAUGGUGAUUAUGAAACAUACUGGCCCUGAGGAUGCUGUACGUGUGGCCAAUGCUUGUCCUUAUGGCCUCGGUUCAUCCGUGUUCUCAGCUGACAAGUCCUUGGCCGAACGCAUGUGCUUGCAGCUUAAGGUUGGCAUGACCAAUGUCAACGACUUUGCAGUCAAUUACUUGUGCCAAAGUCUCCCAUUCGGCGGUGUUGGCAUUUCUGGCUAUGGUCGCUUUGCUGGUGUUGAAGGUCUUCGUGGCCUCUGUGUUCCCAAGGCUGUCACCAUUGAUCGUAUUCCAUUUGUCAAGACGCCUAUUCCCCCCAUCCUCGAUUAUCCUAUCGAUAGCUUGACCAAGAGCUUCACCUUCUUACAAGGAUUGAUUAACAUGAUGUAUAAUCCCAGUUAUGCUGCCAAGGCCAAGGCCGUGCUUGAUCUCAUCAAGGCAAACUUUUAG